AUGUCACUGUUAGGAAACAAUCCCUGCCAGGACAGCAGCGAGAUCAAAGAGUUGAGCUCUGGGAAUCGCACAAUCAAUUACACUUCUUCCACGUAUAAGUGCGACUUAACAGACUCUGAGAUUGGUGAUGAUUGGUCAAAAUGGUACAAAAUAACUGGUAAAGCGGGGAACGCCCUCCAAGUGCAUCCUCCGCUUAGAGAAAGAUGCGGUGGACAAGCCCAAGCUUACCUUACAGAAAACCAUCCCGCACCUAGUGAUGGUGUGGUCAACCGAAAAGUGUGUGUGCAAAAUCCAUCGAAUUUGUGCAACAGCAGAAAAUCUCCGAUACAAGUCGUAAACUGUGGUUCAUUUUACCUGUAUCGCCUUCAAAGGCUAAAAAACGACUGUGAUCCUAAUUGGCGUUAUUGUACGAACGGUAAAGGUAAGCAUUUACCAAUUAAUUGUAAAUCAUAAUCAUGAUCAUAACCAUAAUAAUGAUCAUAAUCAUGGCGUUGAAGCUUGUAUUGAUGAUUAUGAAAUACACAGACCAGCUCCCUGGGAGAUAACGCAGGAAUGCAGUGGGAGAUAGAAUAGCAAAGGCUCGCCUGUUUAGUAGCUUAGGGCACCUAGAAGUACUGCUUAUCUCAACGUAAAAGGCGGGAUAACAGUUUUCGGAUCAAAUUAGGUUUCUGAGAAACUGCCCACCUACCCCUCCCCUAAGCUAACAUUAACACUUACUUCUCACUUGGGGCAAAAUGAUGGCUUAGGGGAAGGGUAGGUGGGCAGUUCCCCAGAAACCUGAAUUGAUCCCAGUUUUCAACAAGUAUGAAAAGGGGCUAUAUCACGCCAUUUGCUUUUACUUAAAGAAAAAUGGAGGUCACGUGACCAAGGCUUGUGACACCCGUCAGCUGCUUAGUGGUAGUUCAAACCAAGGGAUGGGGUUAAGAUCCUAACGUUAAAACAACGUUUGGGGGGUGAGUAACUUAGCUCAGGAUCAGGCUUAACUUAGGGUUACGUCCUAGGUUUACGGUAAGCCAGGACACGUGGUAGGCCAUAAUAUCAUACUUAAUCACACUAGGUGAACUGACCCUCGACUAUUGACUGUCACUAGUAGUUCUAACUCCACCUCUCUUGUCUAGUUUUGAAAAUCACUACCCCCUCAAGUUGGCCUAUAUGCAACUUUUACCGUUAAACUAAAUAUUGGCCAGCAACUAGCAACCUCCCCCAAAUCUUGAUGCAUAUGCCUGUUUUUUUAGUCUUAAGAGAUUUUUAUGAGUAGUUGAGGAAUCAAGACUAUCAACAGUAAGAAAAAAUGAAGUUUGGAAAACCCAUUGACGGCCGUGCCGGCCAAAACCGGCCAUACAAGAGUUAAAACUCCACUGCUUUUAAACUUUGCAACUUUCUCAAUCGUGCGAACAUUGCCUUACCUAUCAAUUGUGAGCAUUGAGUAGAAUGUCCUUCAAAUUGAGAUAUCCAAUAAAAGCAAAAAAAAGUCAGCGCUUUCUGCAGAAUGUCACCGUUUGAAUUUCGACAAGAAUAAAAAUGACCGUUUUUAACGUGUUAGGAAAACGACAAAAAAGACUUCUUUUUUGCCUUCUGGAUUUUUGCUAGGGUCAUCAUUGCAAAACCAAAGGUCAGCAUUAAGAGUAAAAAUCAGUCCUUUUCCUAACUUAAAAAUGAUUUUAUUAUUCUUAUUCGUUUCCUGGGCUUAGCUACAGCCUUUGUUUUAGUGCAUCCUGGCCUUGCCCCGAUUUUCAACUUCACGACUGCAUUUAGCCUCUUCCAGGGAGUCCAGUUCUUAUUUUUUCCUAUUUUUUGAGCCUGUUCCUAUUCUCCCCUAUUUUUAAACUAAAACCUCCUAUUUUUCCUAUUUUUUAACUGGUGAAGCCAAAAUUUGUAACAAAAUUGAAAAUCAAAUUAAAGUUGUAUGUGUUUUAGAGAGAGAUUUAUCAUAAAGGAAGUAGUAUGUUAUCCUUGAUGCUCAAUUAUUAGCAAAAAUAAUAGUUACAUUUGUUCUUUCCAUGACCUCUAUUGCUUAUUAGAGUUUUGUUAACAACUUUCGGUUAUAUUGUUCCUUUUUGUAUAAUUUUCUAGUGCACUUUCAUGUAUUGCAUGUAGUGUUAUAUAGCUCUCAUGACUAUUGAAUAAUAUUGUGCAUAGCCCACUGAAACUGCAUUUCAGUAUCUGUACGUGUUAUAUUUUAUUUUGAAGUCUUGCUCGCUUUUAUGUUCAUCUUUAAAACUGAAAACGCGAUCUAGUUGUCCUCUGAUAACACAGGUCAGAUAAAUCAUCAAUCAGCUUCUUGUUUAAAAAACUAAUCACUAGCUGGAUUGUGGAUGCUACAUGAAAAGAACAGACUCAAGUUUAGUUUACGGCAUUACCUCUCUUGGUGACCCUUGUUAACAGCCUUUUCCCUAGCAACUGAGGAAGGAUCCAAUAUUUUUGUUGCGAAACCGGUCUUGCAGUCAUAGCUAAGCAGAGACUUACAUUCGUCCUAGAACGUAACUAUGACACACUUAAAAUCUGGUACCAAACAGAUCAGUGUCAUUUUGCAGCCUGGUUCCGUACUUAAAACUAUGUGGUCUUUUGACUCAAACAAGCAUAUUCUCAACCAGCUACCCAUUGCAGAUUAAUGGAGGGAAAGCUUUCCAUAUAGGACUUUUCUGUCCUUGUUCGAUAUCCUUCAAUGACAAACGUAAUCGUAAGAAAUUUCUAUUCUAAGAAAUUUCACUCUUCGAAGCUUUUCAAAGAUUGGCUGUCCACUUGAAGGGAACUAGUUGGCAUAAGAUCACCUUUGAUUAUAGAACCACGCCUGAUCUAUAGUCAAGCAAAUCGUUCGCAUUACAGAGUAACUGGGCCAAUAAACUAAACGUUACUGAUCAUUUUCUCUCCUUCUAAGCCUUGAAAGUUGAUCUAAAGUCUGUGAACGUAGAAGCUGAGGACUCGUAGCCUUUAUUAUAACCCUAUAAUGAGGUGCAGGGAGGCUAUCUUUGUCGACGAAAGUACCAUUGAUUUUCCUAUUUUUCUCCUAUUUUUUUAAUAAAAAUUUCCCUAUUUUUGCUAUUUUCUCAAUCCUGAGUUUCCUAUUUUCCUAUUUCUUUGAACAACCAUGUCGCUGGACACCCUGCUCUUUGCAAACGUUCUUAGGGCUUCGUCACGCUCCUUCCCCACGAACGUCUGCUGAAACAAGCAACCACUUCCGUUCGUAGAUACGAACGCAUCGAACAGAAACCAUUGUCCUAUUUUUAUCAGUAAGGUAAAAAGCCCUGUUGUGCCUCUUGGCGGCACAUCCAGCAGAUUCUUUCCUUUUCAGAUGAUGUCGAACCUCCUUGUCAAGGUGGCGUAUUUGAGUCCCUGACUCUUAGCUUGAAUGAUGCCCCAAAAGGUGGAUUUCAGUUAGACAAGCAAGCAUCAACACCCUAG